UCACUGAAGUAAGGAGGACCAUCCUUGCAGACGCGUCUCAGGCAGCUCCGAUUAGCUUAAAAAUCAUUCCGGCGCCUCUACUUGCAUAUGGCCGUAGCUGGAUCGUAAUGCCUGAGCGUGGAACGAGGACCCGCAGGAGGCAGUAGCGAGGCGCUAGCUCACCCUCUCCAGCCCCGUGCAGCAGCCCGCCUUUGUGCUCGCGACGUCCUCGAAAGAAAGGAAGAGCUCUUGCAGCUUCCCGCGACCGCCAUUUCGCGACGCAGGCUUGGCUGCAAAGGGCAGCUGAACAUGGCUCCGUACUGCUUGCCACCGCCUCCUGGCGGCUGAGCGGCUCCUCCAUUCCGCUUCCUGCCGUCCGGGCGCGGUAGCAGAGCUGGGCGCGGUGCCGCCUCCUGCAGCCGUGAGUGGGAGGGUGGCACCAAAGGUGGGGCCUGCUGCUCGGCGGCCGUGCGCCCAGGGUUGUCGGUUGAGUAGUGGGUAUUUGCGGCCGUCUCGCCAUGAUUGCGGCGAUGAGGCAAAAGUUUGACCGGUUCCUGCACGAGAAGAACUGCAUGACCGCCGUGCUCGAGCGCAUCGAGAGCAAGACUGGAGUCAAACGCACCUACAUUGCCACUGCCAUCGUCGGCGUGGUCGCCGUGUACCUGGUGGUUGGCUACGGGGCAUCCCUGCUCUGCAACGUCAUCGGAUUCGGCUAUCCUGCCUAUGUCUCCAUCAAGGCCAUUGAAAGUCCCAACAAAGAUGAUGACACACAGUGGCUGACUUACUGGGUUGUGUAUGGUGUUUUCAGCAUAGCAGAAUUCUUCUCUGAUAUUUUUCUGUGGUGGUUUCCUUUCUACUACAUGAUAAAGUGUGCCUUCCUGUUGUGGUGCAUGGCUCCAAGUCCUUCUAAUGGGGCAGAAUUUCUGUAUCAUCGAAUUAUCCGACCUUUAUUUCUGAAGCAUGAAGCUCAGCUUGACAGUGUUGUUAGAGACCUGAAAGACAAGGCUGCAGAGACUGCAGACACCAUUAGUAAAGAAGCCAAGAAAGCAACAGUGAACUUACUGGGUGAAGAAAAGAAGAGCACUUAAACUAAUAACUGGAAAAGUCUCUCUAUCAUUUCCUGUAUGAACCUUGAUGUUACUGGGAACUGUGGCAUAACUUUACUAAUAUUGCCUUGGAAAUGUUUUGACAUAUAAAAGGAAUGUCUUGUAAGUUCGCUUACUGCUUUGCUGUAUCUGUAUAGAAAGUGAGCAUUUUUUAUUUAAAAGCAGUGCAGUGGGCAGCAUCUAAAGUUUAAUGAAAAUAUUUUAUUCAUCUUUAUGCAGAAGAAUUAUUUCAGUAGUCUCUUUCACCAGUUACAUCAAAAGUACACAUCCAACACUUCCUUUGUCUCUGUGUGUGUAAUUACUCUUACACUUUGUUGCGCAUCUGGUAACAAAGCUAUUGUAUGCAAAAAAUACCAGUCUGAACAGGUUUUCUUGAAUCUACGGGGAAUUAUUGUGAGAGAUGGCAUAACAAACGUACUACUCACCAAUCGGGUUGUAAAUAAUGAAACUACAUAUUCUAGGCAGAUAGAGAUUACAUAACUGAUACUUGCUUUGCUCUAACAGUAUUGGGUAAAGUGUGUGUAUUAAAUGGAUGGGUACUAAAUGUUGGAAAGAGGAACUUCAUUCAGGUGAUUAAUCUUACAUUAUCAUGAAGUAAUUUGCCAAAAAAUAGAUGCAUUAAAUUGCACAAGAUCAACAUAAGAUGACAAAUAUAAAACUACUUGUCUCUUCUUGCUAAAUAAAAUUGUCAUCUAAAAUUGUUAGAGUGCCUUUUAAGACUACACUCUAAAGCACAAACAACGUUUUGCUGUGGGUCUUGCAAACACUUUUUCCCAAAGGCCUGUUAAAAUAUUAUCUGCCUUGGGUUAAAAUAUUGUCUGCCACAUCAUUAAUUGGAUGGUCUGUAACCUACAUGAGCUUUUUCUGCUCAUAAGAAUCUCCAAUUCCUUUUGACGGUACUAAGAAUAGCUUUGCAGAAGCACUAAAACUUCCUGGAGAUGCUAUUGUCAUUUGAUAUAUUCUUGACCAAUUAAUAAGAAUGUAAAAAAAGUUGUUAAGAGGAUAAAUGUUUGCUUGCAAUAAGUGGAAAGUAAUACUGAGUGUUUUAAAGCUGAACUUGGUUUUGCUUCUUUACACUACAGAAUUUUCAACAAAUUCAGCAUGAGUUACUGAAAUCUCCCUCAUCCAUGUGUCUUUAAAGCCUGCAGUAAUGCUGUGGCAGUUCUUAACUCACAAAACAUGCAGAUGGUAAGCUUUAGCUUUUGAAUAUGAUAAAAAGUGAUUUCUAGUCCACAUACCUAAAUUCAGAAAAUUUUUUAACCUUAAAACUAAACCCUUAAAACCUAAAGACUUUUGACUUUUUUUCUCUCUGGCUUUUUAUUUGUUGGUUCGUUUUGUUACAAGUUGGUAUAUAAAAAUUAACUCUACAUUUUCAAAUGUUAAGAACUGCAAAGGAAUGAAACCCAUCCUGCAACUCAGCUGGUCAGUUUUGAGAGACAAAUACUUUAAGCAGAGGUAUAAGUGUCUUGAGAGAAAAGAAAGCAUUUUAAACUGGAAAACACAGGCCUUAGAGCUGAUAAUGUGGACAAGGAAGUAGGAGACCCACUGCACCAUUUUCUAUAGGAAAUCCUAAUGCUGUGUUUUAAACAUUAGUAGCUAUGUACAUAGCAGUCAUGUGGCCAGUGUAGUUUAGUUUAACCUCUUUAAAUAAUAAGUAAUAAAUAAAAAUAAAGAUACUUAGUAGUCUAUUUGAUGUAGGUAGAAAAUACUACAUAACUUACUUCUCUAAAAGCUGAUGAUAAAUUUUAGACUUCCCAAGCCUCAUGAGGUCUGUAGUAGGGACAGGACUUUUCAUUUUUCAUACUAAAUGGUUCUUCCACUGUAUUUAAUGGGGAUAAAGCAUUUAUAGUUAAGCAUUAAAACAUUUUUUUGCAUAUUUUUCAACUUCAAGGUCUAAGCUUUUAAACAGUUUCUUAUCUUGGCCAGCAUCUGCAUUCAGUGCUCCUUUUUUGAAUUUCUACUUGCAUUAGAACUAGCAUCUGUUACUAUCAGAACUUGGUCUUGUCUACCUUUCUGUGCCAAUAGAAAUCACUGAAUUUCUGCAGCAAGUUACAGUUCCCUGCAGGUAAUUCCGCUGAGCUGGAUCCACAGAUCACUGUUCUUCUCAGUGUCUUCCUCACUACAUUUACGUGCAAAUGUUGGUACACACAUCUACUCCAUGUUUGUGCUGAAGUUGUAAUGUGCUAAAUAAAAAUGAACACAAAUAAAGAUGCUAUUACAGGGCUGCUAUAA